GGAGUGAUUGAGCGCAUCUCCCAUGUGAUGCAUCUGACAGUUUGGUGACGUACGCAUGUCGAGAAAAUGCCAAAGUCGCAUUUCGUGGGGCUGAGUCGUGUGGCGUAUCGAAGCUUGGGCUCUCUCCGACGUUGGCACUUGCAGCAGCUACGCAACCCGCAAGCAACAACCCCGGAUCUCAGACACUUUCGCCUCCAACAACUUUGAUACCACCUACACCCGUAUACACGGUUAUCCGCGAACACUGAGCGUAUUCAAACAACCUCCACUCACGCUUCGCCGACCAUGGCGACAAACCCAAAUGCCAUCAACGUGAACGACCCCGGGCUGAUCACUCUCGUAAACAAGCUCCAGGAUGUCUUCACCACAGUCGGAGUCCAAAAUCCCAUAGACUUGCCUCAGAUCGCUGUCGUAGGAUCGCAGUCCAGCGGAAAGAGUUCAGUGCUUGAGAACAUUGUUGGGAGAGACUUUCUGCCCCGAGGGACUGGUAUCGUUACUCGAAGACCACUCAUUCUCCAGCUCAUCAACCGCACAUCCUCGCAACCGAACGGCACUACCGAAGGAGCAAAGACAACAGACCAGGAGAACAAUUCCGACGAGUGGGGCGAGUUCCUGCACAUUCCUGGCCAGAAGUUCCACGACUUCAGCAAGAUACGGGACGAGAUUGUAAGGGAGACGGAGUCCAAGACUGGUCGAAAUGCUGGUAUCUCGCCCGCACCCAUCAACUUGAGGAUAUACUCGCCAAACGUCCUCACGCUCACGCUGGUUGACUUGCCCGGUCUAACAAAGGUGCCUGUUGGAGAUCAGCCAAGGGAUAUCGAACGUCAGAUCCGAGAGAUGGUUCUCAAGCAGAUCAGCAAGCCCAAUGCCAUCAUUCUCGCUGUCACCGCUGCGAACACCGAUUUGGCCAACUCUGACGGUCUGAAGCUGGCUCGUGAAGUAGACCCUGAGGGACAACGAACCAUUGGUGUGUUGACCAAGGUAGAUCUGAUGGACGAAGGAACCGACGUCGUAGACAUUCUCGCCGGUCGCAUUAUCCCAUUGCGGUUGGGCUAUGUACCAGUUGUCAACCGAGGACAGAGGGACAUCGAGAACAAAAAGGCCAUCUCAUACGCGCUCGAGCACGAGAGGCAAUAUUUCGAGAACCACAAGGCAUACCGCAACAAGGCAGCAUACUGCGGUACACCUUACUUGGCACGGAAGCUGAAUUUGAUCCUUAUGAUGCACAUCAAACAAACUCUUCCCGAUAUCAAAGCUCGCAUCGCUUCGUCGCUACAAAAAUAUCAGGCAGAACUUUCUUCGCUGGGCAACUCCAUGCUCGGCAACAGCUCCAACAUUGUCCUAAACAUGAUUACAGAAUUCACCAACGAAUACCGGGGAGUGCUAGAGGGCAACAACCAAGAGCUUUCCGCAGUUGAACUUUCAGGUGGAGCCCGUAUCUCUUUCGUCUACCACGAAUUGUACGCCAACGGUGUAAAGGCCGUUGAUCCCUUCGAUCAGGUCAAAGACAUGGACAUCCGGACCGUUCUCUACAACUCGUCUGGUUCAUCCCCCGCGCUGUUCGUUGGUACUACUGCUUUCGAACUCAUUGUGAAGCAGCAAAUCAAGCGACUAGAAGAACCUAGCUUGAAGUGUGUCAGUCUCGUCUAUGAUGAGUUGAUAAGGAUUCUCAGCCAACUUCUCAACAAAAACGCUUUCCGCAGAUACCCAGGAUUGAAAGAGAAGCUGCACCAGGUCGUUGUUAGCUUCUUUAAGAAGGCCAUGGAGCCCACCAACAAGCUCGUAAAGGAUCUUGUCGCUAUGGAGUCGGUCUACAUCAACACUGGUCACCCUGACUUCAUCAACGGUUCGCGUGCUAUGGCGAUUGUACACGAGCGACACAAUAGCAGUAGGCCUCAGCAAGUAGACCCCAAGACUGGAAAGCCACUCCCACCUAGUGUCCCGCCGCGGUCGAUAUCUCCAUCGCUCGAUCCUAAUGAGGGCGGUGGCUUCUUUGGAUCAUUCUUCGCUAGCAAGAACAAGAAGAAGAUGGCAGCUAUGGAGCCUCCGCCCCCUACACUGAAGGCUUCAGGCACCCUUUCCGAAAAGGAGUCGCAAGAAGUUGAAGUUAUCAAACUACUGAUCACCUCAUACUUCAACAUUGUCCGUCGAACAAUGAUCGAUAUGGUACCCAAGGCCAUUAUGCUGAACCUUGUCCAGUGGACCAAGGAGAACAUGCAAGGCGAGCUUCUCACCAACAUGUACAAGACAGACGAGCUCGACGAGCUACUGAAGGAGUCAGAGUACACUGUCAAGAGGCGGAAGGACUGCCAGCAGAUGGUGGAGAGCUUGUCUAAGGCGCAAGAGAUUGUGAAUCAAGUGCAGUAGAUGGGCGCAUAUCUGGGACGGUCUUGCUGCUAGACUUGUGUGUUCUCCGGAUUUGGCAUUCUACCAUGGUAUGCAAGGUGUUUUGGGUGCUAGCUUGUUAUGUUCCUGUCUUGAGCUUGCUCAUAGUGUAGUCACCUAUGCGAUGAUGCAGGCAAAAUAUAUAUGUCGU